CAGUCGAUCCCGUGAGCGUUGUGUGAAACGCGUCACGCAGCCGCACGUGCCGACGUCACUGCCGUCCGUGCUGUGCGUGUGUGCUUGGUGUGGUGGUGAAGAUGGGAGGAUUAUUCAGUGAUGGUGCUGCGUGGUGAUGAAAACGUGGUGAAACGUAGUACAUGUCUGCCGCGUUGCUCGUCGCGUCGGGCACAUCACCUCCCGGCGGGAUGGCGGACUUUCAGGACAUGUGGCAGGACAUCGAAAGCGUGCUCUUGGGCGACAUGGCACCGGGAGGCUGCCAGACGUUCGCCCCAGACCCUCGCUCGGGAGGCAGCCCCGUCACUCCACGGCGGCAUUACGCCACUCCACCGGCCCCUCAACACUGCAUGGUUCCACCGCCUCAGUCGCCGCAAACGACCUCUCGAGAAGACCUCUUGGACGAUCUGGGCAUUACGGUCGCACCUCCGUGUGUAGACGGCAAACCCCCCGCCUUCUACGACGACGGACGUUGUCUUCCUGUCCCUUCGGGACAAGUCUCCGAACACGACGCCGCCUGCCCUCCUGGCUACUCUUCCCCUUACCUUCCACGCUACCAGGACGUUAAAAGUGAAGUCGCAUACUAUCCAACUCCCGCGUCGCGGCCUCACGAUUUCUACCCACCGCAAUGGCCGCUUUACAGCGGAAGCCUGUCGGUACGGAGCCACGUGCCUUCAUCCGUGUCUGCUGAGCCGUCGGGCCUUCGGUUUCAUCAGCAGACACCUCCUGGUAUGCGACCAGUUCACGGACCUCCGCGGCAUUAUCCUCCCAUUAGUAAUAACCAAGGAACGCGUUUCAUGACUCCACCAAACUCUCCUCAACUCGCCGAAAUCUUGGCUUCGACGAGGCCCGGUGGUGUGUGUCCUUCGACGCUACCUCCACUCUCCUGCACGGUCGGCGGGAGCCUACCGGGAGACCUGAGUCUAACCACUCCCGCUCCGACGAAAACGCGGCGCGGACGGCGCUCGCGAGGGCCGAAGAAAGUGACGAUCCACACGUGUUCCUACCCCGGUUGCAACAAGACGUACUCCAAGAGCUCGCACCUGAAGGCUCACCUGCGGACGCAUACCGGUGAGAAGCCCUACCAGUGUAACUGGAAGGGUUGCGGCUGGAAGUUUGCAAGGUCAGACGAACUCACGAGGCACUACAGGAAGCACACUGGGGACAGGCCGUUCCAGUGCCGUCUAUGCGAACGCGCGUUCUCGCGUUCGGACCACCUUUCUCUGCACAUGAAACGGCACGCGGAGAUUGUCUGACCUUCGGCGACGGCGGGCCUGGUGCCGGGCGCGCCGUCGUUCACAUCUACGGACGUAUGAAGGUGCGCCACUCUUUGUUGUCGGUGCCUUAGCUCUUGCUAUCUCGUCUGCUGUGGCUGCGAUGUACAGUUUAAGACGCAGAGCCGAGAGAAAGCUACUCACCUUUUGUUGACAAAGAGUCCUGGCACUCUCUGCUGGUAUUGGUUGCUCAAGUGAUUGCGUCACCGCCGCCCAUGCUGGACAAAAAAAAGACGUUGUUGUUCCUCAUCGUCACUGACAUGUGCCUAAGACGUGUGCAAUGUGUGCCUGAAACGAAAUCAGGCACUGCGUGUGAGUGUGUGCGUGCCUACGAAGUGUCCCAUCGUGUUCCUGUGUAUACUUAUACAAUGGUGCGUCAUCCCGUGUUGGAUUUCGUUCACGCACUUUAGACUACUUUUAGCGUAAUUUGUGUUGUUGUUAUUAUUUUUUGUAAAGAUGCUCAUUUCCAAAGGAUUUUGGCGAAUGUGUUUUGUAAAUGCGUAAUCUGAAGUGAUACACAUCUGUUGGUCUGGGGGCAACAACAUCGUCGGUAACGUGUUAUCGUUGAGAUUUGAGCAACUCAUCGAGUAGUUGUACCGCGGGUUAGUUCUUACUUUGUCUGCUUGUAUCGGAGACUAUCUAUAGGAGACUAUCGGAAGUACAGCUCACGCUGUUCGGCUACAACAACUAAACAUGUGCAGAAGUGGCGAAAAGGGUGAACAUUCUGUAGCUGCGUUCUCACACACAAAAAAGAGAAGACAACAUUCCUUUAUAGUUAACUGUCUUAGCGUAAAGGACUUUAGCGAGUAAAAUUUGUUGUCUUACUCUCUGGUAUGUAAAGAAAUGCUCUUGAAGAGUAAUUUAAACGCGCUUCAGGCAAUCAGAAUGUAUUUUCUUGGGUCCGCAAAUUAGGGAGAUAUCGCCGUACGCUCUUACCCUAGGCAUUUGAUUGUUAUCGAUCGUUUAGUCGAUUUAUUGGUACCACCUCAUUUAUAUUUUGCGAGAUUAUGUCAGACAGGGUAGACAUAAAACAGAAAGCAAGAAAUAUGCACUCCUCUGUAUCUCUACAAAGUGACAUUGCCGUUAGAGACAAAAAAAAAAUAAUAAUAAUAAAUGAACGAGCAUCUGCACUACGAUAACAAAUCAGGACCACCAAGGUCGGUCAAAGCCUUCCUAGAAUAUCGUCACAUUGUAAGGGGUCGUUUUUGUCGUUAUCACGAACAGGUCUUGUAUUAAAUCUUGUCGUGUACUGAACAGUGUUGACACCUCAGGCUUGGAGAAGCCCAGCCACAUAAGUCUCCCUCAAAUUUCCCUUUACACAAAUGUACGGGACCAAAUGAAAUUCAUCUAUGGCGCGAUACAUGUGUCUUCUAUUCUGUGCGAUUUCGUUAGAGAUAACAAGUGCAGGUGGAAACCAGUUUAUCUCGACAAGCAGAACUAUGACGAAUGAAUGUACAUAUAGAGUGUCGGUUAUACGUUUGUAUGCUCGUGGACCAAAAGCAUUCCAUCGACUCAAGAAUCGAUGCUAUAAUAAAAACGCUAUUUAUUGUUA